AUUUUCACAACAAAAAUGGCGACUUACACUUGUUAUUGGUUGCAAUAACACUUUUUUUGUUGUUGCUUAUUGCGUUGUAAACUUAGCUAAGAAUUUGCAUUUACUUGUCAGAGGUAAUAAUAUUCAAGAAGUAGUGUUUAGUUUAACAUUUAUUACUGUUAGUUAUGGCAUCAGGCAGUGCAGGGCAGAAAAAUACAAAUUUAAUGACGGAUGCUAGAGGCCAGAAUCGUCAACAAAUGUCACUAAAUAAAUCAGUAUCUUCUUCUGAUGGAAGUACAGAUCCCUCUAGCCUUGAAGCAGAGACUACAAAAGUCUUAGAAAAGCAGGUUCAGAAGAGGAUUUUUAAAAUCAUAGUUAUUGGAGAUUCAAAUGUAGGGAAAACAUGCCUAACAUAUAGAUUCUGUAGUGGUAGGUUUCCAGAUAAAACUGAAGCAACAAUUGGUGUUGAUUUUCGAGAAAAGCAACUUGAUGUAGAUGGGGAAAAUCUUAAGGUAAGUCAAUUAGGUAUAGUGUAUUUCAAAAUAAUCCUCUUAAUAAGUUAAUUAAUUAGUUUAAAAGUUAUACAAAUAGACCACCUUGUUAUAAUAUAUUAACUAACUUGUUUAAUGGUAAAUUAAAGGCAGUGUCUACACUAUUUGUCCGGCGACCAAGUCACAUGACCGCCGGAAGAAUAUUUGAUAGAGAUAUUCGUCCGGUGACCAAGUCAUAUGACCUCCGUAACAAAGCGGCGCUAUAUAUUUGUCCGUCAGCCUUGUCACGUGACCGCGAAUGAUUCAAAACUAUUGUUAAUUUUAAUAUCUAUUUCUCUACCAAGUAAUGUACUGAGUAUCUUGCAAACAAAUAUUAGAAAAAAUACUUGGGUAUAUUACCAAAAAAAAAGUGGGGGUUAAGCAAUAAUGCAUUCUAGAAGUAGAAGGAAGCAAUGCUGAGAGGGAGAGAGCAUUACGGUAAUAAAAAAAAAAUAAAAUAGGAAUGCUAAAAAAAAUAAUAGUGAGGGUGAUCAAUAGUUAAUAUAUAGGCCGACUAGUUUAAUAUUCAAAGCCAAACACUUUAUGCAUCUCAGUGCAUAUGAAUAUAUUAACAUGUUCAGCAUUUAUUUAUUAUCUAGGGAUCAGAAUAUCAAAUGCAAUGCUACUUUUUUGCCGGCGACCACUUGCCACAUGACCUGCCGCAAUAAUAACGCCUACUAGUCUUCAGCGGUCACGUGACAUGCCCGCCGGACGUGUAGACACUUUGUAAAUUAAAUUUGUUCAUUUUUAAUGAGGAAAACAAUAACAUGGGCAACGAAUAUUACAUAACUGCCUGCCAUUGUUGAGGUAGGGGUGUCAGGGCUGAAGGCUCCAAGGAGAUAAAGACUACUAACUUAUAACUAUGCAUACUCACCCAAACCAUACAUAGAAAAUGGCAGAUAUUAUUCAUUAUCAUCGAUUGCUAACACUAACAAAAGUCACUUUUUAUUUUUUGCAAUGUAAACCAAUUUUUCCUCUCAUUUUGCUUAGGCUGUGUGUGUGUGCAACAGUUAAAUAUUUAUUCUAAUUUUGGUGGGCAAAGAAAUAAAUAAAAAAUAUGCAGAGUGUCUUAACUUAGCAUUUUAAGAAAAUAGAUGUUCAAUCUUAUGUUUGACCAUCAUCAGCCAUUGAGUGUAAUCACAAUUCCCCUUCUUCAUGCAGCUGGUGGAUCAAAGGGAAAUAAAUAGCCUAUACAGUUCUGGCAUCAACUGUUGGUGCACCUUAAAAUUUUCAUGUCCAGUAUUUUUCAAUAAUGAUUAACUUCUUUACCAUAGAAAGUGUUGCCAUUUCUGAGUUUUUUCAUUUGGGGCUUACUUCUUUAACAUUAAUCUUAGAGUAGAGGUUGUAUUUUUAUCUGCAAGACAGCAGAGGUUUACAGUUGGAACUUUCCUUCUCUUAGAUGAGCCACUAUCCAGUUAACCAGUUCUAUCUCUCUGAAGUGCAUGGAUGGUUAACAGGUCCCAUGUCCCUGAAAUGCCAAGAUUUGUGUUGAUUUAAGCUCUUAUAUAGUAUGUUAUAUCCUGGUUUCUAUAUCCCUAACCUGACAUCCGCCUAUUCAUAUAUGCUGCGCAAAACUUCUAUAUUAAAUUGAGGCUUAACUUAAUGUUUGCAUCAUGAAAUUUUUAAUUAAGAUCAUUCUAUUCUUUGGAUAAUUGGAAGAGAAAUUGAAACCAAAAUAAUAUUUUUGUAUACAAUACAAUUUUAUGUGCAUGCUCUAGUUUUUAGACAUUGGUUUUAUAUGCAAAUACACACACACACCGUAAAGAGAAACAAUCCAGAGCAAAAAAAUGCAUAACAUGUUCUUAGUUAUGGCUUUUCAGUAUUCUACUAAUACUGACUAGAUUUAGAAUGAGUAAUUUAACUUAUUGAUGUAGUUUUGUUUUUUUUUAAAAAAAAGGUUGAUUUAUAGCUUUGUUCAGGAAAGCAAUGCCCUGUUAAAACUUAAGUUUUAGAAUUAGAUAGCCAUAGAAUGAAGGUGCUUUAACAUUUGUGAUGCUCAUUAAUUUUAUUUUAAAAUCCCAAUUAGUAAGGCUGCAUGGAUUUAUACUAAUACUUUUCUUGUCACAAACCAUUGCUUAAACAUUUUCUUUUGCAUUUUUCAUCUGAAAGGUGGAGAUAACAUAAAAACUUUUGGCAUAUUGUAGUAACAAACAUUUGGCAUAAUUGUAGGAACAAUCAUCUACAAUCAUUAUGGUCAUAUUUUCUAAAAUCCCAUACUAAUGUCACUUAACAAUCAUAAACAAGUUUAUCAUUGCCAUACAAUUUGAUUUUUUUUUUUAACAAAAGCAAUUGUGAAAUAUGUUCAUUUUGGUGUAUGCACAUUAAUUGUUGAAAUUUGGUAAUGAUCCAUAGAUUUGUUUGUCCUGUCUGUGGGAUCUAAGAUUAUCAUGUUAUUUUAAUGGAAUGAAAAUAAAACAUAUACAUUUUCUAUCACUCAGCUACAGUUGUGGGACACUGCUGGACAGGAGCGCUUUCGUAAAUCAAUGGUACAGCAUUACUACAGAAAUGUUCAUGCUGUCAUUUUUGUUUAUGACAUCACAAAAGUAAGUACCUUUGUGAUUAGUUAAGAAUUGUUAAACCAGCUUAAAUAUACUCAAUAAUAGUGAUAAAAAUGGAUUUUUUUGUUUGUGCUAAACCAUCAGAUUUACUAACAUUUUGUAGCUUUGUUUGUUUUUCUGUGCAGAACAUAUGGUUCUUAUUUAAUAGAAAACUAAUUUUUAAUAAAUGCAUAUUUACUCCAUACCAAUUUUAUUUAAGUACUGGUACUUAUAGCAGGUUAUAUAUAUUUUUUAAAGAAGGUAAUUUAAUGAAUAUAAUAAAUAAAUGAUGUGUACAGAAUCCUGAGAGACAAGUUAUUAAAAAAAUUAAUGCUCCAUUAUUUUUUCCUUAGAUGAGCUCCUUUGAAAACAUGUACCAAUGGAUUGAGGAAUGUGAUAGACACAACCUGAAUAAGCAUAUCCCUCGUAUACUGGUGGGAAACAAAUGUGACAUGGUGGACAGAAUUGCUGUCAACACAAAUAUGGCUCAGAAAUUUGCAGACACCCAUGGAAUGCCUCUGUUUGAAACUUCAGCCAAAGAUGAUGACAAAGCCAAUCACGUGGAUGCCAUAUUUAUGACUGUUGCACAUAAAUUAAAGAACUCAAAGCCCAUGAUGCCAGUGCACAUUUCAAAUUUCAAUCCCAGAGAAACUGUUCAUUUACGUGAAAGUCCGCAGCAUAGGGGUUUGCAGUCUGCUGUUAACCCAAUGGCCAUUGAGGAGAAAUCAGAAUGCGCAUGUUAAUGUUAACAACAUGUUCUUAAAAGGAUGUGGUGUAUAUUGUGAUUUUACUAAUGUUUUAUUUUCACCAAAAGUGUUGACCAGAUAAUGUUUGCAAUGUUAAUGUUUUUGUGGGAUGAAAAAUGAACAAAAAUAAGGUGAUUUAUUUAUCUUUGAAGUGGUGAUGUAAAGGGACAAGCUGGCUUGUCUGAUGAUAUUGGUAUUUUAAAAUAUUGUUAUGUUAGUCUGAUUCGCCAAAGUGGUUUCUGUUUCGAGAUCAAGCAUUUCAUUCUUAUGCAUGCCAGCUCUCAAAUACCCUGCAGUUUUAUGAGAUUUAAAUUAAAGAAGGUAUUUUGAUAAUUUUUAACACUUAAGUUUUAGGCUUAAAUGUUAAUAUAUAUUUAAAGGUAAUUUAUGUUUGAAAUCUUACAUAGUCCAAUGUGGAUAUUACAUUUAUUAUUAUAUCAAUUCUUUUAGAAAGACACAUUCGUGCAUAUUGUUUAUAAAGGAAUCUUAUUAAUUAGAUACUGAUACUAAUGUUUAGCUUGGAGAUUUAUAUUGUAAUAUAAGAUAUGAGAAACAAAUAGAUCAUCUCAGAAUUAAGUUAACCGAAUUUGUAAUGAAUUAUUGAUUUUGAUUAAUAUAAAUAACAUCUUUUACAAUUUUUUGUGAUAAUUUUAUAAAAGAUAUAGAUUAUGAAGUUAUUUAUGUCUAUUAUAUUUAAAAUUAUUUUAAUUGUACGAUUGCUUAUAAACACUACAAAGCAAUUUAUUAAAAUUUCUAUAUUUUUCAAUACACUAGUGAAUUCUGUUUCAUCUCAAAGUUCACAGCGUUUAUCUUUUAAUUCCAUUUUUUUAAAAAACUUUUUGUGAAGCAUUCCCCCAAAAAUUUUUAUGUAUAUUUUUAAUAUCUUAAUGGGAUUUUGUUUCCUAGUGUCAUAAUGUAAGUUUUGGGAUAUAUUCUUACAAUAUGUGUCCAAUGUAAGGUUUCAUGAUCUUAAUUAUAACGUAAAAUUCUGUACUAAGAAUGUGCUAAAGUGUACUUUAAUGUGAAUGCGUUCAGAAUGCUAUUUAUGAAAAUUCGUUUGCAUUUAUCAAUAAUUUUUUCAUAGCUCAGGUCUAAAAAAAUCUUAAUGGACUAGACUAAUUCAUGUUUGGCAGAUUUUCAUUUAAAAAUGUUAAUGCUUCAAGGGGGUUUCUGUUACAGUUAAACUCACAGAAUAAUAUUGUUAGCCAAUACAAAUUAUCAUUGAAUAAAUGUAUCUUUAUUGGGGAUGUCUUUUAAAAAUAAAUUUUUACUUAGACUUCUUAACUUUACAUUCAGCUUGGUUGUUAGAGCAAUAAAAAUAAUACUACUACAACCUUAUAGUAAUUAUUUUUAAUAUUUUGAAAAGCCUGAAUUGACAAAGUCUGUAAUUAAAACCAAGGAAAAUGUCAGUCAUUAUAAUAAUAGAUAUUAAAUCAUAAUUGUUAAAAUUUCUCAUUAAAAAUAUAAUAUGCGCAAAAACUAACAGUGCUGAAACUCCUGCAUCAUAGAGCAUAGCUCCAACUGCCACAUAUUCUAAUUAUUGAAAAUGAAGAUUUGUUGGGAAGUUGUAUUUGGAAAUGGGUCUGUUGACUGAGAAAACGUAUUCAUAGUUGACCAUUAAUUUUGCUAAUACAUAAUUGUUAGUCAAUGGAACGAAGUUUGAAAAAGGGUAGCAGGAAAAUGCAGAGUGAGAUUUAAUAAGGCGGCACCAUGUAAUGCUGAUUUACUAUACUGUUGCGACAUUUCGCCAUUCUGGAAAGGUACUCAGCAGAAGGGGAAGAAUAGUCAAGUUUUUAUAUAAUCCUUGCAAGAAAGACAAUGAUUUUUUAAAUCACCAAUGAAGCACUAAACCUAACCUAAAGCACUAGGUGCAGUUUACAAAAAUUUUCUUUAAAUAUUUAAUUUCUUGAUGCUGAAAUGCAUUUUUCGAGCGAUUUCAAUGAAAAUGAGAAUAAAACAUUUAUAUACAUUUUUAAAAGAUGAUGACCAUAAGCAUAGGUUCUGCAAAAGAACCAUAUAUGUGCUAUGUAGUCUAACUAUCAUUAUCUUUAUAUUUAUAUUCCUCUUCUUUUAAACAAAAUUUUCUUAUAUCUAAUUCAUAAAAAAUGGUGUUUUAAGUUAAAGAUACUAAUGGCUUCAAUUUGAUUUGCCAGUUUGUGUUUGAGAUGUCAUCUAUAUUUUUUUCACUUAAGUCUACAUUAACGUACAAUUUUGUUGAUGUGAAAAGCUUUUUUUUUUACUUUGAAUUUACUAUACACUGAUGGCAAGGUGUCGCAACAUUGUGCAAUAAUUGAAAUCAGAGAAACAAGCAUUUUUAGGCAAAAUUAUGGAAUUUUAUAAUUAUUUUAUAUGAUAAGAAAACAUUGUUUAUGAUUAAUUUCAUUGUGAAAGCUGUCUAUAUUGUUAAUAAAAAACAACAACUCUUCUUCAUAUUUAAAACACAUGUAUGUGUAAAGUAUUGUGAGCCAUUUCAUUUAAAGGAAUGACAGAUGGUUGUAACUAGUCAUAAAAUAAUUAAAUCUGUUAGUGAAAAUUGUGAAUGAAAGCUUAGGAUUGACAUUAUUAUUUAAAGAUAAGAUUUAAUUUCUAUAUUUAUUAAAUUGCCUUUGAAAUGAUUAUUAUUUGCAUGUGGUGAUGGAUAACAGUUUCAAUGAAAAGUUCCUUUUUAAAUUAUUUUUUUAAUGUCUUUGUUCUUUUGUCUUCUUGGAUGUUAUUUUUUUUGAAAUGUAAAUAAAGUUGUUUUGUCACAA